CAUUCUCCCUUUUCUCACAAUUUUCUCUCCAAAUCCUUCAACUCGAAAACAGGCGGGCACUAUCUCGGCCUAUCGGCAGCAUAGAGAAGAGUGCUGGUCCUGCUGGAUGCUUGAGAGAUUUCGAAAAAUCUGCAAUUCCGAAGACAGCAAGAAACCUAGAAGGAAAAUUGAAAAAUGGUGGCAAAGAGGGUUUUAGGGUCUGCAGUAUCAGUGGCUCUCUGCAAAUCUAACCAGCUUAAGAAUUUGUUGUAUAAUCCUUUUCUAGUGAUUCCUUUUUUUCCCAAAUCACUUCCUUACAGAAACAGCUUGAUUGAUGUCAUAUGCAAGUCUUUUGACCAAGCACCUGCUUUUGGGCCAGUCUAUACUAUUCAAGAGCCUCUUUCUGGGGGACGCCUAUGGAUUCACUCUGGUUCAAUUUUGAACAAUGUGGACAAAGAUGGGGAGCUACCAACCAAAUCUGAGAAAAGCACUGUUUUUGAUGGUUCUGGUGGUGCUAAAUUGAAGAGGAAAAAGCUGAAGGGAAAACGAGCAGUUGUAAGGUGGCUAAAGUUCUUCAGGUGGAAAAAGAAGAAAGAAUAUGAAAGAAUGACAGCAGAAGAAAAACUUUUAUACAAGUUGAAAAAGGCUAGAAUGAAAGAAGAAAGGCUUGUUCAAGCUUUGAAGAAGAUUGAACCUGCAGAAUCAUCAGAAACAACUCACGAUCCAGAGAUAUUGACCCCAGAAGAGCACUUUUUCUUUUUGAAGAUGGGCCUAAAGUGCAAGAAUUAUGUGCCAGUUGGAAGACGUGGAAUAUAUCAGGGUGUAAUUCUUAACAUGCACUUGCACUGGAAGAAACAUCAAACCUUGAAGGUGGUGGUGAAGACAUUCUCACCGGAGGAGGUCAAGGAGAUUGCUGCUGAGCUGGCACGUUUAACUGGAGGGAUUGUACUAGAUAUUCAUGAAGAAAACACGAUAAUCAUGUAUAGAGGAAAGAAUUAUUCCCAGCCGCCAACAGAGAUAAUGUCACCUAGGGUCACCCUCUCCAGAAAGAAGGCUUUGGAUAAAUCAAAGUACAGGGAUGGCCUUAGGGCUGUUAGGAGAUAUAUUCCAAGACUUGAACAGGACCUUGAAUUGCUUAAAGCACAGACUAAAGGCAAAGCUGAAAGUGGAACUGUUUCGGUUGAAGAAACCCAGAAGACUGAUGAUGAUGAUGAUGAUGAUGAUGAUGAUGCAAAAUCUGGGAGCAUUUCAAGCAUGCCAUUGGAGAACCCCGAUAAAUUCAAAGAAAUUACGGGUGGGCAAGAGGAAUGCUCUGAGGAUGAAUGUUCUAUGGAUUUAAGGAUGGCAUCAGAUUCAGAAGAUCUAUCAGAUAUUUUUGAGACUGACUCUGACACAGAUACACAGGAUAAAGCAAAAGGUCGUCUUUAUUUGGAUGAGUUUGAAAAGUUCCCAAUUGAAGGUAAUGAAGAACCUGAAGAUUUUGAGGAGCACUUACGCCAACUCUCUCUGGAAUCGAAAAAGGCAGACUCGUUGGAGAAAGAUUUGGACUCACCGUCUCUCGAUGAGAUUGACAGGAUGUUUCUUCGUGCUGCUUCUCUUUUAAAGCAAAAGAAGAGAUAGGAGAUGUGCGAAAUUGCGAUACCCAUCAUUUUGGUUGAAAUAUUAAACUGCCCAAUUUCAUCGGUAUUUCAAAUUUGGACUGUUGUCAUAUGGGAUUUCAAAUACAACUUGGCACAUGUCAGAA